AUGGCUACGCAGCUGGAGACUCAGACUGAAACAUCCCUUGCUCUAAACACCACUCGUGACACCCCACAAUCCACCACGGAACCGUCGGCGAAUACUCCAAAAGAGAAGCUGCAGUUCAGCACGUUGUCAAAAGAGAUCAAAGAGCUGGUCGUCGAGCGGGUUAUACGUCCGUCCGACCUCAAGAACGUCUGUCUCGUAAACAGGGAACUACACGAAGUCGCCGUUCGCUACCUCUAUCGAAAUGUCUCCCUCGACUUGGGCAGUUCCAACGAUAACCGGCUGUCCGCUUUUCUGAGCCCCAAGAACAUCGGUCUCAAACACAUCAAGCAGUUACGUCUGUAUCUUGCCUCCGUCUACGACAAAUGCAAUCAAGAGCAACAAGCGCAGUUUGCGGCUCGCAUGAUACUAGAGUUCCUGCCUGAAGAUACUCUAGAGGAGUUCAGGUAUGCACGACAGUCACCUCCACCAUAUGAAGAAGAAGACGAGCUGGAUAGUUGGUGCCCAUGGAAGCCGUUCUCCACUGGCAACCUCAUCUUGCUCUACAAGAAGCAGCGCAAGAUGAAAUGGCUCGAGGUUAUGGACCUUGACCGUGAUGCCCUUCCAGAACUCAAGAAGAACGCUAAAAUGCAAGAGACCAUGUUCAAGAACGCCCGAAAGCUGGCUUUGUACCCAGAGAACCGCGAGACGCUCAACCUAAGCGGAUUCUACGUGGAAAAGACCAAGGAUCAGCUGGAGGAAUUGAUCGUUCAUUGCAACUUCCCAUCAGACGGCUCGGACAGUCGAGAACUCAACGAUUCCGCGACUGCUCCUGGACUUGUCUCGAACACCAUCUUCAGCUGCAUGACGCCCUUCGACACUUGCACCCCUUUCCAGAACCUCAAGUCAUUGCGACUACACCGGAUCAGUCUGAGACAUUGCGGGGAUACAUGGUGCAAGUUCGUCAACUUCCACAACAUGCAGUAUUUGCGUGUCUAUCACUGCCCAGGCGCAGACUCAUUGUUCGGUCAGCUGAGCAAGUCAACUCAUCUCCCGAAACAGCUGAAAGUACUGGAGUUCCAGCAUCGAGAUAACUCAGAGAACGAAGCACUCAUCGCUCUAGACGGAUUCUUGUGCUUAGUCUCCGGCCUACGUCAUCUCGUCCUCGAUCUCGAUCACGUCAAGGCGUUGCCGGCCGCAGCUGGCAUCGCCAAGCACGGCAAGACUCUUGAGUUGCUCAAUGUGCACUGCACGUCAGAAGGCCACACAAAUCCAAUCACAUCGACCGAGUGCGAUACAGAUGAGCUGAUUUGGGACUUUGAGGAUUUCGAGAAGAUCUGCAAAGCCUGCAAGGAUCUGGAGCAGCUGUCUUGCGCAUGGCCGCAUACCAGCCUCAUCCGAAGUCCGAGCGAUGACUGGAGGUCUUUUGAGAAUGCUUGCGGUCAUUUGCGGAAUAUGGUCACGUUACACAUCUCGACGUGGCCGAGCAACAAACCGUCCACGCAACUUUUGCCACGCCCGGUGUAUGAGACGAUGUUGCAGGCAUUGGCGCAAAGAGGAUUUGAAUUGGCUGCUGGACAGCACUCAUCCUCAAACAUCUCACCGCCUCCAAGUAUCGACGGCGACGAUUCUGAGAGCAACACCACAGAGUCCGAGCCGUUGCGACCAGCCAAACUCCGCGUCAUUGCUUUUGGCACAUCAGACAAGAUCUACGAGCGCGAAGAUUCCAAGAAUCAGUUCAUCUUCGUUCGAUCGACCUGCUACGACGCAGAAGGCAAGCCGAAGGUAUAUGCAGCGCCGGUGGGUUGGUGUUUGAGGCAGUUCGUGGAGCCGAUAAGCGACGUUCUCGACUUCGUAUUACACCAAAGCGACCGAAGCAACAAGCCGCCCUGUCGCGAUCAUCGGGAUACCAGCGCUUGGGGAGACGAGGACGAGUAA